ACCUUUUUCUUUUGCGCACAAAGGGUUAACAAUGCACGUUUAUUUAAUCCACCCUAUAAAAGCCUCACUUGGAAAGAAAAGAAAAGGUUAAUGUUCGUCAUCACUCUGCUUUACGCCGACUGCACUCUCUCAUAAUCGCUCCUUCCUUCGUUCGAUCAAUUCUUUCCCCAGAAGCAAUGGUUGGAAUAACCAAACUGAGGAUAAAGUUUGGCCCUGAAGGCUCCGUCAAAGCUUUCCAAACGUUUAACAACUGCACUAACGCUAAGAGCACUGAGAAUAAACCCAUCGGUAAAGAAGAAGAAGAUGUUCAGUCAAGGAAGCGUGGACCUGAGGAGCUAGAGGAGGUUCAGGCUCACAAGAAGCAGAAGCUGAACCGUGUUUUGUCUAGUCAGUGUCUUAACCUCUUGAAAUCUUUGAGAGGGCACGAGUUUGGGUGGCUGUUUGGCGAGCCUGUGGAUCCUGUUAAGCUCAACAUUCCUGAUUACUUCUCUGUGAUAUCGAAGCCCAUGGAUCUUGGCACUAUCAGUUCCAAGCUUUUGAAGAAUGUUUACAGCAGUGCGGAUGAGUUUGCGGCCGAUGUCAGGUUGACUUUUGACAAUGCGUUGAGGUAUAAUCCUCCGGAGAAUUUUGUUCAUGAUGUGGCGAAGGAGCUUCUGGAGAUUUUUGAGGCGAGAUGGGAAUCGCUUAGGAAGAAAAAGGUUUCGGAUUUACACGGGGAGAAAGUUACAGAAGGUUCUAGAAGGCAGCCGGUUGAAGUGGGUUGGGUUAGACAGAGCAGCCCUGAAACGUCAGCAUCCUCUGGGAGGUUCUCUGCGGAAUUGCCAAAACGGGCGAAAGAGAUGUCUCAAAAGGUUCCUCCUUUGUUAAAAUCUGUGACAAAGCUGAGCAAAAAGGAUACUCCUGUUGUCACACAGACGACUUUAGCAACCAAGUUGAGGAUUAAGAAAUUCGAGCAGGGUCUUGGUUCGACUGUGGAAAACCCAAGCAAAGGUUCAACCCCAACUUCAUCCUGCAGAUGUAGUUCAUGUGGUAGGAUAACUUGCAUAUGCCUCAAGUCCUGUAACUCAUCUGGAAGUGAAGUUUCUACACUGACGGAUAAUCUGGUAAAGGACAAUUCAUGUUCACAGGCGAGCGAGUCAGAUCCUCAUUCCAAUGGGUCUAUAAGCUCAAAGAAUGAUUGUGUCAGUUCUCAGCUUGAUACACCUUUGGAUAAUGAGUUGAAAAAGCCAUUACCUCCUAUGCCUCCGUUGCCACCUGAGAAGGCUAUUCGUGCUGCAAUACUCAAGUGUCAGUUUGCAGAGACCAUCCUGAAAGCUAAACACAGAAAAGUCCUUGACAAGAGUAACAAAUCUGAUCUAAUUAGAAUACAGAUAGAAAAGGAACAGAUGGAGAAAACUCAACGUGAAGAGAAAGCUAGAAUUGAAGCAGAGAUAGCAGCCGCUAAGCUUGCUACAAGAAUGAGAGCAGAAGCCGAGUUGAAAGAGAAACGUGAGAGAGAACGGCUUAAGCUAGAAAAGAUGGUCAAAGAAGUUGACUUAGAAGAGAAUAACGCCUCGAAGUUUAACGAGAAUAUGAUUAAUCUCUGUGGUAGCUGUGAUCCGACAAGAACUUGGUUACCUGAGUUGGGUCUGUUUUUAAGAAACGAUGAUGAUGAUUCGGAUGAGGACGACUCGGAGGUUUUUGAUGCUAUGAGAAUCGACGAUCUUGAGGAGGGAGAGAUCUUGUAAUUUCUCCAAUAGAAACCUCUUUUGGUUGUAAUUUUUGACCAGAACAAAGGUUAUAAUGACCUGAACUUUCUUAAUAUAUGAAAACUAGAUGUUGGUUGCUCGUAGAUAUAUGAGAUUUUUUCUUGUAUUUUUCACAAUCUUUAUGUAAAAGAUUGCUAGUAGAUAUAUGAGAUAUUUUCUUGUAUU